CAGGCAUCGCUAGGUGAGCUUGAUACAUGCGCCGGUGUGUCAGUGUUGCUGGACCCAUCACUAAUUUAGAGUAAUAGCUUGAUGUGUGUUUCAAAGGGUUUUUUUCAUAAGAGCUUCAAACAAACAGGUGACUGAUCUCGGAAACGAUUUAAUGCAUUUAAAAAUGGCUACAGCUACCGUCAGCAUGCUUGCUAGGUAGAGUACGGUAACGACUACACGUGGCUAGUGCAGCAUUAGCCAUUUAAUCCAACGAUGAUCAUUAAAUCUAUUAUAAACAUUUAAGGACUUGUGUGUUGCAAAAUAGCCUCACAUGGUGUGUAAAGCAGUUUUUGCGCUAAUAGUUCUGCUAGCUCUUUACAAACCUAUGAUGCUAACGUUAAUUGCUAACGUUAACCGGAGCGCUAAGCUUCAAGCUGCUGACGAACUCUAUCAAGACAUGCAGAUCAGCAUCAAUGUCAACGUGAAGAGCCGAGUUAUGUUGCCAGUGUCAACCCAACAAAAGGCACUUUCACAAUAUAUAAAAGAAGUGUUUGGAACUGAGGUGCUUCCUCAGGAGCUGCUUCAGUUGUUGGAGGAUGGAGAAGAGGACGCAGCCAUGACUUGUGAGACGGCGUCUGAGUCAGCUACUACUCACUGGGCGAUCAGAAACAUGGUGUCCUUGCAAAAGUGGAAAGAGGCCAGGCCUUGUCUUAUAGACAAUAUGUUAGCUACUCUGAAUCCACUGUCACACCGUGUGUGUCAGUGUGGCAAACAAGUAGUUGUGAGGUGUCUGGACUGCCUGCCUCUUCCAUUCCUUUGUGCUGACUGUGAUAUUGCAGUUCACACACGCUUUGUCCUGCACAACAGAGGCAGUAACAGGAGGGUUUUUGCAGCCUUCAUAAGUCUUAUGCAUUUCUUGCUAUGUACUAUGAGUGGUUGCUGUUAUUGUAUUUUUAUUGUGUAUCAGUCAAUUUCCAAUUCUUUUUAUAUAUAUAUUGUGUGUUUUUAAUGUUAGUUCGGCUGUUGCCUGUGCAAAGGCCAGACCAUGUGUGUGACUGCCCAGCAGGUAACUUUGAGGUUUCACCCGGCGCAGUUGUGGCUCUUGUAACCAUAAAUGGCCGUUAUAACCUUGCACUGCCAGUGGUGAGCUGCACCAGCUGUGACCUAAUGUGGUCCCCCUCAGUUAAGGACAUCCUGGGUAGUGGAUAUUGGCCUGGCACCUUAAAUUUCUGCACCCUGUUUUCAAUGGAUGUCUUUCUAUGACAUUAAGAAGGCUGGAUCAGGGAUGUCACUUAAGGCAUUUGUCAAAAUGCUGGAUGAAAGAACAGCCCAUUUUGGAAGGACUGGCCGAAUAUCAGCUGAUGCCUUCAGUAGAAGUUUCUUGGAGUGGAGUGCUGUAAAGUUUGAGGUGGACAGGAUGUGCAAGGAGCCAUGCUUUAGCUGCCCUGCCUGCACUCCAGACGUGCUUGCCGUCUCAGUUGAUGGAAACCGUAAGCUUUAUCGCUUUCAAUCAAAUACAAGCACUUCAGAGCAGGUGAACUUUGAAGGUGUCUUCAUUGAAAAAGAUGAGGAAGUUGCUGAGUUUAUGAAAUACAUCCAGAGACACACGAAUGAUGUCCCGGGGAAAGGGUUGUGCGGAUCUUCAUCUUGGACAGCAGCAAAGGAGUCGUCCAAAAAGUCCACUGGGAAGUUGGAUGAAGAGGGCAUGGAAAUAGCUGUUUGUUGCCACGGAGUCCUGUUAGCGGCAUUAAACAUGUUUCGAGGGGAGAUCUUUGCUUACCCUCUUUUUCUCCAGAGGAAGUUGGCAGCUAACGUCCCAGGACAUAUUACGUUCCUUUGCUCCGAUGUGGCCUGCAAAUAUUUCCCCUAUUUAACCAAGGUGGCUCAGCAGUGCCCUGAGCUGAGGAACCUCUUGUCAAUGCAUCCUUUUCUCUCCGUCAUGCAUGCAAAGGCUCACAUUUGGAAAUGCGAGAUCAAAUGGGGAGGUGCGUUUCAGGAUGGGGCCAGUUCUACAGUUGGAAAAGAGGUGGGACAAGUAAACAGUUUCCUGUCUAGGGCGGCCAUCACAACGAAGUACAUGUCUAAAGCAGGGCGAACAGACAUGCUGACCCUCCUGGCUUUGGGGUGGAACAAAAGGAAAGUGGAACAACUGGGCCGCAGUUUGAGCCAGAGAUAUCUCAAGAUCAUAAGGAUCCUUAGAGAACAAGUGGAGAGCCUGAAUGCGACCAAAAAUGAGCUGGGUGUGGAUGACGACACACUGCAGCAAUGGGUGGCCGAUGUGCAGAAAUGGGCUGAAGAAACUGAUCAAACUGAUGGCAGCCUUGGAGCGUUGCAGGCACGAAUAGAGGAGCUUGUCGUCAUCAUCAGAGUGCGAACACAGUCUUUACAGACAAAAUGGUGUCACAGUUUCUUUGAAAUGGACCGUUUGAUACUCAGUUUGUACAGCUUGUACAGCUACUUUGUAAACAGAAUAAAAUCAGAUCCAGCAACAAGAGGCGACACAGAAUUCGCAAGGUCAUCUUAGUUGAGAAGAAACGCUUGGCGGCUGCUGUUGACGACUACAACAAGCUUGCUGAACCAACAAAGCAAAUCGUAUCCAGUGAUGCCCUCAUGCAGACCGACGUUUGGCCCUGGCAGAGCACAAGUGAAUCUGCUGCUGACCUCCAGACAAAGAGAAAGGUCUUUGAGAAGGUGAUGGCUGUGAGGCGCCUGAGAGAGGAGGAGAUGAUCCUUUGUAGGGAGAUGCAGCAUCACUGGACAGUGUUGCGAAUGCGAUCUGUGGUGUUGGGGACAAUCUCCUCAGACUCCUCCCUUGUUGGCAUGUUGGAGGAUGCACAGAAGGGACUCUGUAGCCUGGUUUUAAAAUAACAAAGUGAACUGAAAGCUGAAAUGCUCAAAGUAAAGGACGUGUACAAGAGAAUCCUCAGCCACCAACCACUCCUGGAAAUGGACUCGGAGGAGGAGGAAGACAUUCCAGACGAUGCCACUGAGAGUGAUUUGAGCACUUCUGAUGAAGACUGGUUGUGUCAUCAUUGAUGUUAUGUUUGGUAAAAUAAA